CGCCUAUCGGCCGGUCACAUCCUGCACGGUCGGAGCGAGAGUGCAGGGUCCGGAGCCGUCACUGGCUGACCGGGAGACGCCGAGCCUGCCGCGCCCCCGUCUCCGCCGCUGUCCGCCGCCGCUGGCUGCGAGCUGCAGGCCGAAUCUGACGGACUCCGUGCCAUUUUACGCUUCUCUCUGGGAGUGUGUGUCCAGACCUGAGGGUCCAACGGGACAGCGAUGUCCGGACAGUCCCACGGGACGGCGCUGUCCGGUCGGACAGGAGCGCGGUGGGCCGCUCUGCUGGUGCUGUUAGUCACCGUGGGGACAUCCACUGCUCAAAGAGCCAGCAAGCCGACCAGCUCCCAGUGGGUGACCGGCCCGAGCCGGGACAACAAACUCGGCCUGCUGCGCUGGCUGCUGGACGGCUGCGAGGGCGGCGAUGACUGCCAGCCGCAGCCGUACCGCCACGUCGAGUACGAGGGGUACGACGGCUGGUACAAUAACUUCGCCCACCCGCAGCUGGGAGCCUCCGAGAUGCCGCUGUUGAGGAAGCUACCCCCGGCGUACGGCGACGGCACGUACGAACCAUCCGGCGCACUGCGUCCCAACCCACUGAACAUCUCUGAACAGCUCAUGUCCGGGCCCAACGGCAACUUCUCAAAGACGGGCAAAUCGGCGCUGCUCGUCUUUUUCGGUCAGCAGGUGGUGGAGGAGAUUCUGGACGCCCAGCGGCCCGGCUGUCCGCCCGAGUAUUUCAACAUCCCCAUCCCGGAGGGCCACCGGUACCGGCGCGAGCCGGGCCACACCGAGCUGCCGUUCGUGCGCUCCCGGUACGACAUGGCCAACUCGGGCUUCUCGCCCAACGCGCCGCGACAACAGCUGAACGAGAUCACGCCGUGGCUGGACGGCGGCCUGACGUACGGCACCACCAAGGCGUGGGCGGACGUGCUGCGCUCGUUCGCCAACGGCACGCAGGCGCCGGACGGCCUGCUGGCCUGGAGUGACGAGCCGUACCGCGGCUUCCCGGAGCGGAACGCCGUGCGCCUGCCGCUGGCCAACCCGCCGCCGCCCACCCAGCACCAACAGUUCACGGCGCGACACCGCACCGCGCCCGUCAACCGCUUCUGGAUGCUGGGUAACCCGCGCGGCAACGAGAACCCCUUCCUUCUGACGUUCGGAGUGAUGUGGUACCGGUGGCACAACCACGUGGCCGGGUACCUGGCCAGCCAACACCCCGACUGGUCCGGCGAGCGCGUGUUCAACGAGGCGCGUAAGUGGGUGAUCGCGACCCACCAACACAUCGUGGUGAACGAGUGGCUGCCGAGCUGGCUGGGCGCGCCCCUCGACACGUACAGAGGCUACGACGACUCUGUGGACCCUCAGAUCACGCACGUGUUCCAGUCGGCCGCCAUGAGGUUCGGCCACACCCUGGUGACCUCCGGCGUCUACCUGAGGAACUUCAGCCGCGAGGGAUGCCUGACCGAGGGGUUCGGCUUUCUCACCGGCACCGACCGACACCGGAUAAGCGGCGUGCGCACGUGCAACUCCUUCUGGAGGCCGCAGGAGCCGCUGCGGGAACAUGAUGUGGACCGAAUGCUCAUGGGAAUGGCGCUGCAGUCCACCGAGCGCGAGGACAACAUCAUCGUCAACGACCUCAGGGGUGACGUGUUCGGUCCACUGGACUUUUCCCGCCGUGACCUGAUGGCCGUGAACAUUCAGCGGGGACGCGACCACGGUCUGCCCGACUACCUGACCGCGCGCCACGAGUUCGGACUGCCACCGGUCGACUUUGACAACUUCACCACCAUCACCGGAUCGGAGGUCGACCAGGAGGUGAUCGACCGUCUGAGCGAGGUGUACAACAACUCCAUGUCGAACGUGGACAUUUGGGCGGGCGGCCUGCUGGAAACCUCGGACCGACCCGGCCAGCUCUUCUCGGCCAUCAUCCGUGACCAAUUCACGCGCAUCCGUAACGCCGACCGGUUCUGGUUCGAGAACAGACUGAACGGACGGUUUACCGACGAAGAGAUUGAGCGGAUCCGGCAGCUGACGAUUUACGACAUCAUUAUGUCUGUGACAGACAUGGAUCGAAACGAUAUCCAGUCGGAUCCUUUCCGCGUUCUCAUGGAAGGCAACGAGGACCUAUCGGACAGCUGCCAACAAGCGCUGGAGGACAGGAUGCAGAAUGCCACGUGUCGUAGGGCGUCCUCCACCAUUCCGUGUCGGUUCCUGUACCCGCUGGGCUCCUUCUCGGAGAAUGUGGAGAUCGAGGAGUGCUCCCCGGCGCGCACCUACGACUACUUCUCCGGCAGCGAGGCCUCGUUCGCGCUUACCUUCCUCGCCGCUUUCCUCGCCGUGUGUGGACUGGUCGGACUUCUGAUCAUGCUGGCUCGCAGACGACAGAGGCAGAACAUGCCCAGCCGCGCCGCAAAGUCGGAGGUGGUGAAAAAUGUCGGCCAGGGCAUCGCCGUCACCGCUCAGGAGCGGGUGUCUGCCAACAACCUGCGCUCGGUGGUGGUGCGGCUGGACAAGACGCGCCGCUCCAUCGAGAUCCGUACCAUGAAGGGCUCGCUGCUGCGCUCUGUGGAGCUGCGGCACAUGGCCGAGCUGGACGUCAUCCUGCCGACAGAUGGCAGCACCGUCAUCAUCAAGGUGCCCCGCGAGUACGACCUGGUACUGGAGCUGGGCGGCCACUUUCUGAGGGACCAGUUCAUGGGCUCACUGAACGGCUUCCUCUCCGAGUGCGGCAUCCAGAAGAACGAGGUGACUGCCAAGCUGAAGCCGGCGCUGGAGCAGGUGGUCACCCAGGAGCACCGACAGCGCAACCUGGAGCGAUUCUUCCGAGUGGUGUUCGCACAGGCGUUCAACAUAAAGCUGAGCAAGGAGGAGGUGCUGAACGUGAGCUCGGAGAGCGCGCGCGAGGUGGUGCACAUGGAGCUGACGCUAGCAGAGUUCGCUGACGCGCUCAGCAUGUCCAGCUCGUCCAGCUUCGUCACCAAGAUGUUCGCCGUCGUGGACAUGGACAAGAAUGGCUACAUCUCUUUCCGCGAGUUCCUGAACAUGAUGGUCGUGUUCGCCAAGGGAACUGCAGAGGACAAGGUGAAGCUGAUGUUCGACAUGUACGACAUCGAUCAAGUUGGCAAACUGAGUCGCAAAGACUUCAGCGAUAUGAUUCGAUCGCUGCUGGAGCUCUCCAGUGCCUCGCUGGACUCGACCAACCUGGACGAGGUGGUGAAUACCAUGUUCAGCUCGGGCGGGCUCAGCGACAAAGACGAGAUCACGGCGGACGAGUUCCUGCGGCUGUUCGCUCAGCACCAGGAGGCGCUCGGAUACGCCCAGCUGCAGGUGGCAGGAGCAUCGAUGCCCCUGCCGUCCAAGGACAAGCGCAAGUCUGGCUUCGCUCGAACCCGUGACACCGUCCUCUCCAUCUACAGUGACCUGGACAGCGGCGAGGGCGCCGCGCCGACCUCUCCCGAUGAGCCGGAGGCAGAGAUCGCCGUCAUUGAGAACCAGGGCGAGCCCAGCAGGCAGCAGGCGAGUGGGGCCGGCCGGCUAGCCCGCUGGAUGGAGAUUCACCGGCUGACCGUCUUCUGGAGCACCCUGUACACGCUGGUCCUGCUGGGCAUUUUCGCCGAACGAGCCUACUACUACUCUGUGGAGCGGGAGCACGCCGGUCUGCGCCGGAUCGCCGGCUACGGCGUGACGGUGACGCGCGGCGCCGCCUCCGCCAUGAUGUUCACCUACUCGACCCUGCUGGUGACCAUGUGCCGCAACACCAUCACCUUCUGCCGCGAGACCUUCCUGCACCGCUUCAUACCCUUCGACUCGGCCAUCUUCCUGCACAAGUACAUCGCCGCCUGGGCGCUCUUCUUCUCACUGGUGCACACGGUUGGCCACGGCAUCAACUUCUACCACAUCUCGACUCAGGCUCCCGGAGACCUCACAUGCCUCUUCCGCGACUACUUCAGAUCGACGGACGUGCUGCCCAAGUUCCACUACUGGUGCUGGGAGACCAUCACCGGCUUCACCGGCGUGCUGCUGCUGCUCAACAUGGCCGCCAUCUACGUGUUCGCCGUGCAGUACGCCAGGAGGAACGUCUACAAGGGCUUCUGGGCGACGCACAACACGUACCCGUUCUUCUACAUCCUCACGGUGCUGCACGGAUCCGGCCGGCUGGUGCAGGAGCCUUUCUUCUACUACUUCUUCCUGGGUCCGUGUGUGCUGUUUGCGCUGGACCGACUCGUCACUGCCAGCAGGAAGAAGGUCGAGAUCGCCGUCAUCAACGCUGAGCUGCUGCCCUCAGAUGUGACUGCCAUCCACAUCAAGCGUCCGUCCAACUUUGAGUACAAGUCGGGCCAGUGGGUGCGUAUCGCCUGCCCGGUACUCAGCAGCAGCGAGUUCCACCCGUUCACCCUGAGCUCGGCGCCGCACGAGAAGAACCUCAGUCUGCACAUCCGCGCCGUCGGCCCGUGGACCCGCAACCUGCGCCGUGUCUACGACCCCACCGUCAUCCGCGACCACGCGCUGCCCAAGAUCUACCUGGACGGUCCGUAUGGCGAGGGACACCAGGACUGGUACCGGUUCGAGGUGUCGGUUCUGGUCGGAGGCGGUAUCGGCAUCACGCCGUUCGCCUCCAUCCUCAAAGACAUCGUCCGUCGGGCCAGCGCUCCGGCCGGCAUCGCGUGCAAAAAGGUGUAUUUCCUGUGGGUGACGCGCACUCAGAAACACUUUGAGUGGAUGGUGGACAUUAUCCGAGACGUGGAGAGCAGCGACUCCAACCACCUCAUGUCGACGCACAUCUUCAUCACCCAGUUCUACUCAAAGUUCGACCUCCGCACCAUCAUGCUCUACAUUUGUGAGCGGCACUUCCAGAAGAUCAGUCGCCGCUCGCUGUUCACCGGCCUGCGCUCCAUCACGCACUUUGGGCGGCCCAACCUGCCGUCUAUAUUCCGCUCCCUGCAGCGCGCUCACCCUCAGGUGGGCAAAUUCGGCGUGUUCUCGUGCGGCCCGGCGCCCAUGACUCGUUCAGUGGAGGAAGCUGCCCAGGCCAUGAACCGCGGCAGCGGCGCCACCUUCGAACACCACUUCGAGAACUUCUAGUGGGUGACACGAUCACAAACGGGAUGACGAAAAGGCAACAGCUCUCUGAGCACUGCCAGACGUCCCAGCCAGUGACAUUGUCUUUCGGAGUCGAGACACUGAUACUGCCGGCUGCUGGUCGACAGUCACGCUAGGCGGGGAGACCAAACUACCGAAUGACUUGCUGGUAUGCGUAAGCACGCUAGUAUUGGGCAUAGCACCUUGCUGUAUGUUACGUGUGAACGUGCGCGUGCUUGAGCGUUUGCAAGAUUUUAUUAUAGCGUCUCGUAUGUGUUGAAGAUGAACGCGAAUGAGCUAUUCACCUUUUUGACGCCUGUUACAUAUUCGUAGCUUGAUACGAAAUCCGACAACUUCGGAAGAUGAUUUCUACCGAGAGUAAGAACGUCAAACGGCGAUCUGGAAAAGCAGCCCAGAUGUAGCCGAUUUGAUGCUAGCCUUGUCAGCAUUCCUACAUCAUGCAUUGUAUAUUGCACCGUGCGCAUUUUGCUAUAGCUUGCUUUUCAGGCGUCUAGGACCUGGAUGCACUUUGAUGCAGACAUGCAUUUUCGAACGUUGCUCGGAAAAUGGCAAUCAUCAGCGAGAGCUAUUGCAUCAAUACAUCAGUGACUGCCAA